GCCGGCCGGAGCGCGGCGCGGCGGUGAUCGCAGAGCGCGGCGGGCAGCGCAGCGCAGCGUACCGCACCGCAGCGGGGCCGGGCGCUCCAUGAUCCGCCGCGGGGGGGCUCGGCGCUGCGCUCGCUCCCCGUCGCGGGGCCGCCGCGCCGCCGGGGCCGGGAUCGGGAUGUGACUUGCGGCGGGUGGAGGACAGAGCUGCCCCGCCACCCUCGGCAGCAGCCGCCAGCGGACAGAAAAAAUGAAAACCUACCCAGCCAUCGGUUUCUUCCUCCUCCUGGUGAUCAGCUACGGCUCUUCCGAGAACUCGAGCACGUCGCGGGGCUGCGGGCUGGACCUGCUCCCGCAGUAUGUUCCCCUGUGCGACCUGGACGCCGUCUGGGGCAUCGUGGUGGAGGCGGUGGCCGGGGCGGGCGUGCUGACCACGCUGCUGCUCAUGCUGAUCCUGCUGGUGAGGCUGCCCUUCAUCAAGGAGAAGGAGAAGAAGAGUCCCCUGGGAACGCACUUCUUGUUCCUUCUGGGGACGCUGGGACUGUUUGGGCUGACGUUCGCGUUCAUCAUUCAAGAAGAUGAAGCGGUGUGCUCGACCCGGAGGUUUCUGUGGGGAGUUAUCUUUGCUUUGUGCUUCUCGUGCUUGCUGGCUCAAGCCUGGAGACUCCGCAGACUGGUUCGACACGGGAAGAGUCCCUCGGGCUGGCAUCUGGCUGGUGUGGCAAUCUGCCUGAUGCUCGUUCAGGUCAUUAUUGCCACCGAGUGGUUAAUCCUGACAGUCGUCAGAGAUAACAAGUUGGCUUGCAGCUACGAACCGAUGGAUUUUGCGAUGGCUUUGAUUUACGUUAUGUUCCUGAUGGUAUUUACAAUGGGAUUUUCUCUUUUCACUCUCUGUGGAAAGUUUAAGAAGUGGAAGAAAAAUGGAGUAUGCCUUAUUAUAACACUUCUUUUCUCCAUCCUGAUCUGGGUAGCCUGGAUGACUAUGUACCUCUUUGGUAACGCUGCACUGAAGCGAAGAGACAAAUGGAGGGAUCCCACUCUGGCUAUUGCACUGGUGUCCAGUGGCUGGGUGUUUGUUAUUUUUCAUGCCAUCCCGGAGGUGCACUGCACCAUCCUUCCAUCACCGCAGGAGAACGCUCCCAAUUAUUUCGACACUUCACAGCCACGGAUGCGUGAAACUGCUUUCGAGGAGGAUAUACAGCUUCCUCGGAGCUACAUGGAAAAUAAAGGCUUUUCAAUGGAUGAACAUAAUGCAGCGCUCCGGACGGCAGGAUUCCGGAACGGCAGUUUGGGAAGCCGCCCCAGCGCUCCUUUCCGAAGCAACGUCUAUCAGCCCACUGAGAUGGCAGUUGUGCUGAAUGGUGGGACUAUACCAACCGCUCCGCCAAGUUACACCGGACGACACCUCUGGUGAGAGGCUGUAGGGAAGCAGAAUCCUUGUUGCAGAUGUUGUUCCCUGGCAGUGUGUCUUUGAGGGAGGAAUCGUGACAGUACCAGAACAAAGCAACAAAACAUCCAGGAGCUUUCGAAAUCCUACAGAGGAUUUUGUCUCAAAGUGAACACCACCGAACUGAUAAUUGCAAAACCAAAAUUGUACAACCGAAGCUGAAUUGAAUUUAAAAUAGAAGUAGGCACACCUUAAAUUGGAAGGGGGGAAUGUUGUAUUCUGAAAUGUCAGAUGUUCCCUUGUCUGUAACUAAGUGUGCAAGGUGAGGCUGUUUAUGUUGGUUGCCAGUUGCUUGCAAAAUACCCUCCUCUCACCUAAACCUACUUCACGUUGCCACGAGAAAUUGCCACUAUGGUGUGAAACCAUGCGGGAUUUCCUUCCAUUCUGCUCCUUUUCCCUUCAUUUCAAACGUCACGCAAAGUACCUUGUUUGCUUCAUUAUUGAGCCAUACUUUACAGCCAUGUGUGGCCAAGCACUGUCACUCUGUGGCAACUAAAAUCCCAUUACACUGUAGGCUGAUGCUCUUCUCUUGCAAAAGCUGGUGCAGGAGAUGCAGUUCUGGAGGGAUGAAAGGUCUCCGCGUGCUUCACGCGCCUUGUGGAGCUCCUUGGGACAGAGGGACAAGCGCAGGCCCAGCGCAGAGGCCGCUGUCCCGGGUCUCCGGCCUCCCCGGGGCGAGCAAAGAGCCGCUUGCAUCUGCAGCGAAGCUUUGCAAGGACGUUCUCUGCACAGCCGGAGCUGGCGAGAGCCGGGACUGGGGUUUGCUGGUUGCGAUGGGGGGCAAAGGUGGGUGGGAUGGUGCUGACCACCCCAGGAGAGGCACAGCAGACGGGUGGACACGUCGCAGUCCCAGCCCUGGUCCCACCGCGGUCCCCUGGCGUGUCGGUGCGGGCGUGCGUGUCGGUGCGGGUGUGCGUUGGAGUGCCCGGCCGGGAGAAUCUCCGUGCUGGAGCUGGUUUGUUGUUGGGUUUGGCUUUUCUUUCAGGUGGUUUCUUGCCUAUUCCUGCCCCUCCCCUCCUUUCUUUUGAGCUGAUACAAAGCUUUUUAUCUUUGUUUUCUUCAGGUUAUUUAAAAGGUUCCCAUUGCCCAUUGUUUGUGCCAUGGUUUUUUGUUAUGUUUAAGCAAUCAUUCCUUUAUUUAACAUUUAAUACAUAUCGGACAUUGAAAACAUCAUUGUAUCCUCACUGUUUGGCCAGUGUUAAUCACAGCUUUCCUCUAUACUAAGAGCUAAUAGUUUUUACUUGUGGCCAUAGGAGACGUAUAACAAUUAAACUUUACAUAUGCUGUAAUAAAAAUAUAUAUUUUCAGACUAAAAAAAGUAUAGCAUACAAAUAACUGAAUAGCUUAGUAGCUUCACAGAAAGAAGUUACUUGCUGUAUAAUGCAAAAGAAAGACAAGCUUUUUAUUUUUCAAGAGUCUUCCUGAUUUUUCACGUACCUCCAUUUCUACUGAAUUAGGAACCUCGUCCUGCAGACUUUGCUCCCACUGACACCCGUAGGUCUACAGACAGGUACAGGCUGCAAGAGCAGUCCUGAAGUGUUGCACAGAGGUAUAUAUGUGUAUAGAUAUAUAAGUAUAUAUAUAUCUAUACACAUAUAUAUAUGGAAAAAAAAUAUAUGGCCAUUCUUGCCAUGAUCAUCUUAUGGGGUUUUAUUUGACAGCCCUUCUGUUCCCGAGGCGAGGUUUGGCUGUCACGCAUGAGCAAAGGGGCGUUCCCCUGCCCUCCUCUCUGAGGCAAAGGAAGCACGUGCUCAUUUUCCGGGUUGCUGAUUUGAUGCUGUAGGUAAGCGGGUAGGGUAGGGAUGGAUAUUGCAUGCUAUCCAGACAUUUAGAAAUACAUUUUGCUCGUUUGAAGCAAAGCUUUGAUCAAAUAAGGUAGUAUUUAAGAUAAUGAUAGUUACCCAGAAGGUGCAUCAUUUGGAACAAUACAAACCUAUUACCAUCACUUUGCCUGCAGAAUUUUGCUUUUGAAAAAGAAUUAAAACAACCUCAAACCUCCAAAGCUGUAUUGUAAAAACAUAUAAGAUGACCAUGGCAUAAAUGGCAGGACGGCUUUCUCUUAGAAAGUUUAUCAUGCUACAACCAAGAUUUAUGAAUUCUGAUACACAUUCUACAGACCUUGGACAAAAUCUGUACAAGAUAUAGUUAAGAAACAUUAUUUUAUUCUUCUAGAUGUGACUGAAUUGAUAAAUAGAGUUCCCAAUCCUGAUGAAGUUGUUUGGAAUUUGUAUAUGCAAAGCUAUAGGCAGAUGCUACAAACUGGUCUCAUUGGGUCGUUCCAAAAUUUAAACAUCAGCAGGAUUGGGUUUAGUUUGUGGUGGUGAAGGUGUUGGCAAUAGAUUAGGAGGGUCUUUAUUUUCCAGCUUGAUACAAUUAGUAAUAAGCAACUUUUUUUUUUGGUAAGUCACUAAUCUGUGAUGUAAAAUGCCCCAAAUAAAACUGGAAUUGAAGAAAGGCACCCUUAUGUUAACUUAUAUUUGUGUUGCAGUAAACAAAUUGUUUACUUUUGCCUUCUGUAAAGUUACCUAGAACGCAGAGCAUCUGUGAACAGCGUAAGCAAGCACAAGCUUUUCACAGUUCAGUUAAUUCUAAUUAGCUUUUAUACUAUAAAAGCUACUAUGUUGUCCCUUGACGGUUAUGUGCUCAUGGUGUUCCCACGCCACAAAACGAAAUCAUAAAGCAUCUGAAAAAACUCCUACCAAGCCAAGAUUUAUAAUAACUGCCUUUUGAUGAAUGGCUGGAAUAAAGGUCAAAGCCAUACUUCACAGGUCCUGUCCUGCUCUCGGGUCAGUUGAAGGUGUUUGGCACUUGCCAGGAAAUAUGUAGCAUCUUCAGGAGAACACAAUAUAUACGGCUGUUCCUAUACACAAGGUACCUGAAAUACUAUAGAACUAGACAUUUCUGGGUUUUUGGUUGGCUUUGUUCGAGCUGGAUGCCUUGGGUCUAACCAAAGGCCAUGCAAAAGGGAGCACUGUAGCUUUUAUAAUAAAACUAUUGGAUUAUGCUACCAACUGACAGGAUUACAAAGCAGGUGCUUUUUAUUAAUUGAUGAGCACUAAAGCUCAUUUUUCAUAGAUAAUAUAUAUUUAUUAAAUGUAUUAAUGCGUGUUUUAUAACAUACCCUUUUUUCCCCGCUGAUUGUUGCAUACUGGUAUCGUAUUAAGUACAUCUUUAAAGGAUUUUCAAGACAAUCAAUGUGUACCACGAUGACUGUACAUAAGUAUACAAAACUACAAAGGUUGUAAAGCAUGGGCAAAUGUUUUAUUUUCAAAAUGCUGUUCUUAACAAGAAUAAAGGCUUUACUAUUUACUUACAA